AUGCCACCCAAACGCAACGACCAGAAGAAUAAUACAUCGGACCACAACCACUCAUCAGUCGAUGCAUCCAACGCCACCAACAAAAACAGCAAACAUGCAAAUCCAAACGAAAAUAAUAACGCAGAACCAUCUCUAUGGUCCAAAAUACAAUCGUCUGCAUCUACGCUCAUCCAAGACACAGUAUCACGGCCAAGCGGCGCUGUACUCGGAGCCGAUCUGGCGCAGAUACUGAAUGAAAGUAGCCAUGGGAAAGCUGGCUACUCUUCUUUGUCAUCGUCGUCGUCGUCGUCAUCAUCAUUUUCAGGACUUUCUCACGCCGUGAAUAGCAGCGGAGCAUGGUCCUCAACUCCAUCCUACUCCGACAAGGCAGGGGCAGGCACUGAGAGCGGGAACAGGUUUCGCUCUGCUACGACAAUACCUGCUCAGGACUUAUCAUUCAAGGAUUCAUUUCAGUACAGUCAUACCGACUAUGAAGACUACUCACAGCAAAAAGGCAAAGGCAAGAGCAAACAAUACGUCGCCGAAGCCGAAACGCAAUUAUACAAUAUGAUGAACACGCACCAUUUCAACGACUACGAAAUGGCAUGGAUCAACGCAACUCGAUCAGAUGGCAUACUACCAACAACAUCACCAUCAUCAUCAUCAACAACAACAACAACAGUGACAACGGCCAACACUCCACAAGACCCGUUCAAUCAAACACAAGUAAAUGACAGCAAAGAACAAGACGGCGCAGCAGUCGUAUCCCUACUCUCCGACCCCUCUUUCCAACCGGGACUCGUCGACAACUCCCAUUUCAACGAUGCAUGGGACAAUGACGCGGCAGAUGCCGACGGAUUUCCGACAACAACAAUAACAACACGGCCACAAUUAAUGACAACACUAAGCGCAGACGAAAAGCGGAUAAUCGAUUCGUUCCGUCGGCAAUCCGAGCUCGAACGGAGCGGGUCCACUGGUAGGAUUACAUCUAGGAGUUUGAUACCUGGUAUCGAUACGUUUCUUGCGACUUCCUCGUACUCGUACGGCAUGGGGGAGCAGGAGGAUGAUAGGAAUGGCAAUUCGGCGCUGCGAGAGGCGGUCUUGUCUUAUUUACCGGGUGCUGAGGAUUGGGUGGGUGUUGAGGAGCGGUAUCAUGAUGAAGUAUGGGGGUAUCUGAGGCCGGUGAUGGAAGAUGCGGCGAGGGAGCUGGAGGAGAGGAAGGACGAUGGUGGUGGUGAUUCCACCAGAGGUAGAGAUGGGCCGGCUGUCCAGAGGUUGAAGAUGAUUUUGAGGCAUAUGCGCGGGGGGGUUGAUUGA